AGAGCCAACAGCCACUCCCUUUAACCUGUCUCACCAACUCACAUCUAGAAGCUCAAUUAGUAUUACUCUCUCUCUCUCUCUCUCUCUCUAUCUCUCUCUCUCUGAGUCAAAAGCCUAUAAAAAUCACACCCCAAAUCCUUCUUUGGCCGGCUUUGUUAUUUGCAGCAAGGAUACAGAGCCGUUUUUCAAGUUUGAAACCAAUCCCAAAACAUAAAACACUGAAACACAAAUAAAUCAGAAGCUCAAAAAUUCAAACAUCAAAGAAGAAAGAAGGAAGUAGGAAGUGUGAGAGAGACUUAUUGGCAUAUCAUUAUUAAUGGGAAGGUCACCUUGCUGUGAGAAAGCACACACAAACAAAGGUGCAUGGACGAAGGAAGAAGAUGACAGGCUCAUAUCUUACAUUAGAGCUCAUGGUGAGGGUUGCUGGAGAUCCCUUCCUAAAGCGGCGGGCCUUCUCCGGUGCGGCAAGAGCUGCCGCCUCCGCUGGAUCAACUAUCUCCGCCCUGACCUCAAAAGAGGCAACUUCACUGAAGAAGAAGAUGAACUCAUCAUCAAACUCCACAGUCUCCUUGGUAACAAGUGGUCGCUUAUAGCUGGAAGAUUGCCAGGGAGAACAGACAAUGAGAUAAAGAAUUAUUGGAACACACACAUAAGAAGGAAGCUUUUGAGCAGAGGAAUUGACCCUGCAACUCAUAGGCCUCUCAAUGAUUCUUCUGCUUCACAUCAUCAUCACAACAACCAAGAACAACAACAACAACAACAACAACAACAACCAUCUUCUCUUGUUGCAGCAGCCACAACCACCACCAUAUCUUUUGCUUCUUCUGUUUCUGCUUCUGCUUCUGCUGUUAAACAAGAACAAGAUACUAUUACUACUACUACUGCUACUACCACUACUAGUGCUACUUGCAACGCAAACAUGUUUGGGAUUAUGGAGAAGAAGAACAAGAAGGAUUAUUCAAAGGGAUCAUCAAUGGAAAGGUGCCCUGACUUGAAUCUUGAGUUGACAAUUAGUCCUCCACGCCAUCUUGAUGAACCUGAUCACCAGAAAUUCAGUGGAAUAGAGAGAUCCCCUUGCUUUGUUUGCAGCUUGGGUUUGCAGAACAGCAAGGAUUGCCGGUGUGGAUUCGCCACUAAUGCUAAUGCUAAUGGUGGCACUAAUAGUAAUGGCACCACCACCACCACCACCACUGCUACUGGUUCUGGUUAUGAUUUCUUGGGCUUGAAAACAGGUAGUGUUUGGGAUUACAGAAGCUUGGAAAUGAAGUGAUGAUUAUUAUAUUCUUCAUUCUUCUUCAUCAAUGAUAAACUAGCUAGUGUAUGUUUUGAGAGCAUGAAAUUCAGUAACUCUGAAAUCACUCUCUCUCCCUCCCUCUCUCUCUCUCUAUUGAUUUCUUUUUCUU